AUGAAUAAGAGUGACAAUGUCUUCUAAAUGUUGGAAGAGCCUGUCUACAUCCUCCAAGAAAGAUAACAACAACAAAAAACAUUGAAAGCAUUGAAAUAGGCUAAGAAAGUACUUAAAUAAGACCCAGAUCUUUCGAAGGGCCGUGGUUGAUUGAACAUAUUAUAACAUAUUAAAAUAAUAAGUUAGCAUAUUAAAUAAGAUUUAAAAAUAAUUAAAAA